UCUUUUGGAUUUUGUUGGAACCAAACAGUCAAUUUCUUCCAAGAAAUUGUUCUUAACAUUCUAUUAAUUUACGAGCUGCUUGUGAUUACUUGUAUAUAUGCACAAUCUUCUUUCCAUUGAAGUUUGUCAGAUCUAGGAUGGCUCUUGCACUUGCAACAACUAUCUCUCCGAAUACUUGCCCAACUAGUUAUCAUGUGUUCUUGAGUUUCAGGGGUGAUACUCGCAAGACUUUUACUGACCACCUCUACACAGCCUUUGUCAAUUCAGGCUUUCGUACGUUUCGAGAUGACGACGAACUUCCAAGGGGACAUGAUAUCAAACCAGAACUGCGGAAAGCCAUCGAGCAGUCACGAAGUUCUGUUAUUGUGUUUUCAAAAGACUAUGCGUCUUCCGGAUGGUGCCUUGAUGAGCUUGUGAUGAUCAUGGAACGCAAGAGGACCCGCGAUCACAUAGUUUUACCUGUCUUCUACGAUGUCGAUCCAUCCCAAGUAAGGAAGCAAACAGGAAGUCUUGCAAAAGCAUUUGCUAGACACGAAAGAAAUCAUUCCUUGAAGGACAAGGUGAAGCGAUGGAGGGCGGCACUCACAGAAGUUGCAGAUCUAGCAGGAAUGGUCUUGCAAAAUGAAGCCGACGGGCACGAGUCUAAGUUCAUCAAGAAAAUUGUAAGGGUAAUGGAAGAUAAACUAAGGCGCAAUCCCCUAAGUGUUGAACCCCACCUAAUUGGAAUAGAUUCUCAAACGGAAGACAUCAAUUUAUGGUUACAAGAUGGAUCAGCUGAUGUUGGCAUACUUUUAAUUCAUGGGAUGCGUGGGAUAGGAAAAUCAACCAUAGCGAAAUUUGUUUAUAAAUCAAACUUUCAAAAAUUUGAGAGAUGCAGUUUCCUUGAAAAUGUCAGAGAAGUUUCAGAACAAUCAAAUGGCUUGCUUCGGCUACAAAAACAACUUCUUAAUGAUAUUUUGGGUGCAAGUAAAGUGACAAUUCACAAUAUUAGUGAAGGGAUGGCUAAGAUUGAAGACGCUAUUAGCUGUGAAAGAGUUUUUCUUGUUCUCGAUGACGUGGAUCAUGUGGACCAAUUAGCCGCAUUACUGAGGAUGCAAAAUAGGUUUCAUCCAGGAAGCAAGAUCAUCAUAACAAGUAGCUGUGCGGGAUUGUUGGGAGCUCACUGCCAAUUUGCUAAGGUGCAUGAGGUUAGAAUUCUGGGUGAGGAUGAUUCAUUAGCGCUCUUUAGUUGGCAUGCUUUUGGACAGGACCAUCCCAUUGUAAGUUAUACUGAUUACUCGAAAAGGGUAAUAGAUCAUUGUGGAGGACUUCCACUAGCUCUUAAAGUUUUAGGUUCUUCUUUAUCAGGAAAGAAUCUAGUUGUCUGGGAAAGUGCAUUGAACAAACUAGAAGCUAUUCCAAAUGGUGAAAUAAUGAAGAAACUCAAAAUAAGCUACGACUCCUUACAAGAUGAUCAUGACAGAAACUUAUUCCUUCAUAUUGCAUUCUUUUUCAUCGGAAUGGAGAAAGGUAUCAUUGUUACAAUCUUAGAUGACUGUGACUUCUUCACAGAGGUUGGCACUCAGAAUCUCAUUGAUAGAUGUUUGGUAACCACUGACAAAGAUAAUAAGCUGGUGCAAAUGCAUGACAUGAUUCGUGACAUGGGAAGAGAAAUUGUUCGUCUAGAAUCCAAGGAGCCAGAACGACGUAGUCGAGUAUGGCAUCAUAAGGAUUCUUUCAAAAUAUUGUCCGAAAGUAUUGGCACCCAAACAAUUGAAGGACUUGUUCUCAACAUGCAAAUGUACCCUUCGAGAAAUUCAAGUAAGGUGGUAUUGGAAACCAAUGCAUUUACAAGGAUGCACAAACUAAGACUCCUCCAGCUCAGUCAUGUGCAGCUCAGUGGACGCUACGAAGAAUUUCCUGCAGGACUGAGAUGGCUUUGUUGGAUUAAAUUUCCUUUAGCUUCCUUACCCACUGAUUUUCCGUUGGAGAGCCUUGUUGCUCUUGAAAUGUGUUAUAGUAGUUUGAGACGACUUUGGAGGGGAACAAAGUAUCUCCCAUCACUAAAAAUCUUAAAUCUCAGCCACUCUCAUGACUUUACAGAAAUCUCUGAUUUCUCAUGUAUCCCUAAUCUAGAGAGACUCAUUCUUGAAGAUUGUGCGAGAUUGGUAAGUGUUCAUGAAUCCAUUGGAGUCCUGGAGAGAAGGCUUAUUUAUUUGAGUGUGAAAGAUUGCAAAAAUCUUAGGAUGCUUCCGGAGAACAUUUCUAUCCUAACCUUCCUUGAAACACUUGUUAUCUCUGGUUGUUCAAAUCUUAGAGAGUUUCCGACAGAAAUGAGGAAGCUACAAUCGUUGAAAGUGUUUCAAGCAGAUGGAGUUCCAAUACAUCGGUUACUAGUCACUACCACCAGGGAGGUCGAACUGUGCUCAAGUCCGAUUCAAGAACUUUCUUGGGCUUCUUAUCUUCCGCGGAAUUUAGUAAACUUGAGUCUAAGAAACUGCAAUCUUUUGGAUGAUGAUUUUCCUAGUGAUGUUGCUAAUCUAUUGUCGUUGCAAAAAUUGGAUCUCAGCGGGAACCCAAUUUCUAGGCUACCGGAUUGCAUAAGAGGUGUUACUGGCCUCCAAGAACUCUCUUUCAACGAUUGUACAAAGCUCAAAUCACUUCUAGGGCCAGGAGAAUCAGUUAGUUUCCAUGUGGUCGGGUGCACAUCAUUGGAAAAAGUAACAUUUCAACCUUUUUCUCGAAGAGGUUGUGGUCAUUGGGGGUCCAACCAUAACCUUGUUGAGUUACAGGGUGAGUUCAAGAUGGAACCCAUUGAAAGAGUUGAUAAAGAAAUGCUAAAACUUUUGAGUCUAGGCAACCUGGAAACCUUGGAAAACAUUUUGAUGGUCAGUAGUGGAUUUCAUUCUGCAUGGGAGGGAACACAUCCCGUCCAGGGACUGUACGAAGAUGGUAUAUUCAGCACAUUCCUUCCUGGAGACGAAGUUCCAGGCCAGUUCAGCCAUAGGAACAGAGGGUCCUCUGUAUCUUUUACUGUGCCUUUACUUCCCAAUCUCAAUAUACGAGGGCUGAAUGUCCUCUCGGUCAUAGCACAAUCCAACAACAAUGAUUCUGAUCCUUUGACCAAUAUUGUCAAUAUUGACGGUUCACGUUAUCCGACAAUUACCGUUGUGAUUAAUAAGAGCAAGGGGCUGAAGUGGAUCCAUGGUCCAAACUUCUCUGGCGUUCCGGGUGAAGGAAAAGAUGUGAUAUGGUUAAGUCACUGGAAGUUUGGGAAUCGACUUACAUGUGGUGAUGAGGUGACUAUUUUAAUAUAUACGAAAUCUGAUUUCAAGGUAAAGGAGUGUGGCAUCCAGCUUGUUUACUACGAUGAGAAAGAUCAUGUGGCUUCGACCACGGACGAUCCUUGUUUUCUCCGAGCUGGAGUUGAGUCAACAAUACCCUCUCAUCCGAGGGAGGGAGGAAUAACCUUCUUAUGCAUGUCCGGAAAAGGAGGAAUUAAAAGAAGUUUUAUUAAUGAAAAUAUUGACCUCAUUAGGGAUAUCAAUGAAAAAUCAGAGAAAGAAGAAGGGCAAGAGGGUGACCUCGUCCUCACUCUUGCAGCACAAAGUGGCAGCAAUAGCAAUAAACGAGGUUUGAUCAGCAGAGGUUGGAAGGGGAUCAUGAUGGCCACCAUCCUCAUUCUUUCUCUUCCUCUGGUUACUCGCUCUCCUCUCUUCCAGCAGCGAAAGAAACAACAGUCCACAAGCUUUCCAUGAAUUUGUUGUAUUGAUUGGACACAGUCAUAUCGUAACUUCCCUCUCUUAUUUCAAAAACAGUGGAAUGACGGUUUUGCCCCUGAGGUUUAGAAAAGGGUCGGUGGUGUUGUGUGUUCGGGAGACUUGCAUCGAUUGUAGUUAUCAAGCUCUGACAUACAGGGCAUAUGGGCUUAAGCUGUCCGAUACAACGGAGACGGAAGCAUCGACCGGAUCGAUCAGGCUCUGACGUACAAAGGUUGCUGGGGUGGGAAAGAGAAGAGAAGGGAUUCAAGAAUCAAGAUUGUGGUGGAUUCGAAAAUUUUGAUCGAGUUUGGGGGAUAAUUUUCAGCAGGAAAAAGGUUCUGUUGUGUGUCUUGGACUAUUUGGUUUUGGUUAAAGGAGUUUUGUGAUAAGCAAAUUAUAAUUUGAAAACAGUAUUAGGUAGGAACAUGGAUUUGCAGGGUCUUCAAAGUUUGUUAGCAUAAAUUGGUCUGCUGUAGGAAAUCAAAUUGUCAAGAAAAAUCGUUUUUGUAGCCUGAAGUAUAUUGUGGUGGUAUUAAGAAGACUGAGGUGAAGAUUGCCGAUUCUGGAUAUAUUGAAUCAAAUUCACUGUUCACUGCAGGUGUUGAAACAUGGGAAUGAUAUACUUUGCUCAACUUUGGAACUUGCUUCUAUGAGUACUUUGACUUCCAAUUUGUAAUUUGUACCAGUACGAAUUUCAACUUUUGAAAGUUAUUUCAGUUUAUAAAGAAUGAACUUUAUUGGUUCUUGGAAUUCUGUAGAGAUUGAUUAUCCUCUUGGUUGGAGUAGAUCCUACUAUGUAGAUUAAGUUUGA